AUGGAAGCUCCGGGCGUUGAACUUGAGGCGGUGUUGGAAUUCUUGAGAAAAAAUGGGUUGUCAGAGUCAGAAUCUGCUCUCAUGGAGGAUAUCAUGGAGAAAUCUCAACUGGGUGCUUCUGAUUUUGAGAAGUUUUUGUUCCCUAUGGUACCGCCGCCUCCUGCGCUAAAACUUCCAGCCAAUCGGCAGCGGCCAUUAUCGGCUGCCUCAGUUGAUGAAGGUGGAAGUACAGGUUCUUCUGAUGAGGAGUUUGUGAGUUUGGGUUCUUCUACUACUGAAUUAUGUUCUUCUGAAUUUACGAAUCCUUACGGCAUUCAUACAACUACCAGACCGACUUCUCAAGCUUCAUCCGAUAGGUUGUCUCAGUUUGGUACUGCACGAGAUUAUCCUGAUUUUGAUAUGCAAAAUGACCUAUUCUGGUACAAGGAAAAUGACGAAGACUAUGCUAUGCCAACCCUCUUUGUGGGCCGAGAUUCUGAUGGUGAUCCAAGUGAGGAUAAGUAUAUCACGGUUGUCCAGAUUGAGAAGCCCUUUGCAGAUCAAGUCGAUUACGGUUUUAUAUUGGAAGGGUACACUAAUUAUUUGGAAAAGGGAUUGCCUUUAAUGUCAGUUGAAAACGUGAAAGAUGAAGCUUAUAAAGAUUAUUAUGAUUUGAACUGUGACUUUCGACUUGAACAAAGUGAUGAGAAACAUGGAGAACAUUGCAAGCAUCUAAAAGUUGUGGAUGCAAAUGAUGUUCAGCUUAGGCAGUCAAGGGGGCAACCUGUCGACAGUCAAAAUGACUUCACCAAAAGAAAUUCUACAUAUGAUUGGGUCGGAGGUUUCAAUACGAAAGAUAACCAUCCAAAUGAAUAUGACAACUAUGAAAUAAAAAAUGAUGAAGUAAUUGUUGGAGAGCCCCGUGAAUCUGAAGCUGUAGCAGAUGAAGAGGGCGGUCUAAUAUCUGAUGAGCUUCUGAUGUAUGAUAACACGGAAGACGAUUAUGAAAUAUUCGACUUAAGAAUUAUACACAGAAAAAACAGGACAGGAUUUGAAGAGAAUAAGGAUCUACCUAUUGUUCUGAGUAGUGUCAUAGCGGGUAGAUAUUAUGUUACAGAGUAUCUAGGAUCUGCUGCUUUCAGCAAAGUGGUUCAGGCUCAUGAUCUUCAUUUGGGGAUGGAUGUUUGCUUGAAGAUUAUAAAAAAUGACAAGGACUUUUUUGAUCAAAGCCUAGACGAAAUCAAACUUCUGAAGUUUGUAAACAAGCAUGACCCGGCCGAUGAACACCAUAUUUUACGUCUUUAUGAUUACUUCUACCAUCAGGAACAUUUGUUCAUUGUUACUGAACUUCUGCGAGCAAACUUGUAUGAAUUCCAAAAAUUUAAUCGAGAAUCUGGAGGAGAGCCAUAUUUUACAUUGCUAAGGCUGCAGGUCAUAACUCAGCAGUGUUUGGAGGCUCUAGCUUAUCUGCAUGAUUUGGGAAUCAUACACUGUGAUCUAAAACCGGAAAAUAUUCUUAUCAGAAGUUAUCGAAGAUGUGAGAUAAAGGUUAUUGACCUUGGAAGCAGUUGCUUUCAGAAAGAUAACCUCUCCCUUUAUGUACAAUCUCGUUCCUAUAGGGCUCCUGAAGUUAUUUUAGGCCUCGCAUAUGACCAGAAAAUUGAUCUCUGGUCGCUUGGCUGCAUUUUAGCGGAGCUAUGCUCAGGGGAGGUUCUUUUUCCAAAUGAAGCAAUUCCAAUGCUGCUUGCUCGCAUAAUAGGAACACUUGGUCCCAUUGACAUGGACAUUUUGCAAAGAGGGCAGGAGACGCACAAGUAUUUUACAAAAGAAUAUGAUCUUUAUCAUAUUAAUGAGGAAACAGAUCAGCUAGAGUAUAUAAUCCCUGAAGAGACAUCAUUGGAGCAUCAACUGCAGGUUUCUGAUCCUGGGUUCGUUGAGUUUGUACGAUACUUGCUAGAGACUAAUCCAAAAAGGCGCCCGACUGCAAGGCAAGCCCUCGAGCACUCAUGGCUUUCCCAGUCGUACGCUGUUAACCCCUUUUGA